AUGGAGGAGACCUGGUUGCAAGGCCUGGCUGACGAUGUCAAGGAUGGGUUGAAAAAGCUACUCCUUGGUAUCGGACCCCACAUGAUGACCAUAUGGCUCUUAGCCUACCCCAACGUGGAGACCGCCCGCAAGGACUGGAUCGUGCCUUUGAUGAGUUCGGUCUUCUCCGGAUAUCCUGCUUUCUGGCAGUAUAAGGCACCAGAGAACAAGGUGGGCCUUACAAUCGAAGAUCUUGAGCCGAUCAACACUUUCCAGAAGGCAAUGUACGUCCAAUACCGCGCGAACCGCAACGACAACGGCCAGGUAAGGAAGCUGGAGGACGGACGGGUUGAAGAAGACAAGACCCAGAUCAGAGGAUACCACAACUUCGAGAAACAGCUCAGCUGGGACACAGCUUUCGAGUUCGGGGUUUUCAACACAGUUCCGGUCAUUCGAGAUGUGCAGUUUGAGAAGGGUCAGGUGGCUCACCUCGUCCUUGGAACACAUCUCGUCCAUUUCGAGGGCCUUCCCAAGGUACCAGUCACAGGUUUCAAGGGCCUUUACACCAUGAAACAGCUCGAAAGGGGGGUCAGAGGCUUCGUCCGACAGGCAACAGAUGGUCCGGUGCCCACUCACGGUGCGAAAAUCCGGGCCGAAUUGGACAACGCAAACCCCCAAACCGGGAAACCACACAUGCCUUCCACAGACAAAAGAACCAUCUGGAAGGGAACCGUCCUGAAGGACAUGCAGGUUCCAUGCAAAGAUACCGGUACAGAUUUCUGCGUCUGGUUUCAGAUGCCUCUUGUAGGCCGGACUCCUCGCAUCCACAAGACCGCCAACGAAAGACUUGAGAACCACAAGCUUGUGCGGAUGCACAUCGAGGUCGUCAUCGACGAAACAUCUGCCCAGCGAGAGAUAGAUGGGAUGCAGAAACUCGCAGAUGAGACUUUCAAUGCUGGAACGCUGGCUCCCGCCCGCAUCGCCCUCAUGUCGAACCCCUCGAAGAUGACGCAUACCACAAGCGAUCUGACGGAGAGGAAUCCUGAGAUGUGGAGACAAUGGGAGGCUUACUGCAGCCAAAAAUAUGCAGACAACCCAGCCCAGUUGGAAAUCGUCACUUCUUUGAAGGAGGUCAAGAACAAGAUGACGGCGAUCAUAGGCCCUCCAGGCACAGGCAAGACUACGGUUCUUGCAGACAUCACGAACGGGGCCGUGCUGUGCGGUCAUACUGUCCUGGUGUGCGCGGUAAGUAACAACGCCGUCGACAAGGCCGCCAACUCUUGCUGGGAGAAAUUCCCAAUAGAACACCGUCACAGGUAUGAAUUCCUUCGGUACGAGACGGCAUCAGCCGAGCUGCAGGCAUACGUAACUCGAGCGGAUAUCAGAAACCCUGUCGUGCGGGAUCCAAAUGCUCGUCUAACUUACAAGGCGUCAACUAUGCUAGAGGAUGACGACCUGAUAGCGCAGACAAUGGCCGAAGCCGCCGCAUUACAGGGUGAGCAUAACAAGCAACUCUUUGCCCUGAUCCGGGUUUGUGACGAUCUUUCGCAAGCACUUCAAGAGAAGCGGGAAAUGGAUAGCCGGAAGAAAUCCAACGUUCCGGCUCCAAUGACGCUUCCCAAUCGUUGCUUCGAGUUGACCCUCCAGGACCAGUAUCGGGCGGACGCGGACUUCCACGCAGAGCUCGCGGCAUAUAGGGCCGACAAGCUUGACGCUGCCGCAAUCCUACACAAGCGUCAGACAAGUGACUACCACACCGACGCAGAGCUUGCAGCGCUGGGUGAAGACGCGCUUGAUGAAGCGGAGAUCACGGCACGUCUGGAUGAUCAGAGGAUCCCAAGCAUCGACCAGCGCGACAAGUCUCUCGAGUACCGGAAUUCCCUUGACGCGUAUGUCUUGGCCAAUGGCGACGUGUCAAUAAAGGCGAAGGAGCAUUUCCAAACUCUGCGGGUUCGAGUCGUCCUUCGAGUCUUUGCAGACACCCAGGCCCUCUUCACGACCUGCAACAACGCCGGUUCCGAGUUGAUGGUGCUUGGAUUCAACCCAACUCUCAUCGAAAUCGAAGAAUCAGGGCAGCUCACCAUGGCUGCGCUCGCGAACGUCUUGACGAGCUUCAGCAACUGGCUAGCAGCAAUCAUCUUCGGAGACACCAGACAGCUCAAACCUUUCGGCCAGUCCGGCAGAGCAAACGAGUUUAGAGAGAACGCUACGCUCUCGGUCCUCGCUCUCCUUGAAGAGAAAAAAUAUCCGAUCCUCCGACUGGUGUUCCAGUAUCGGAUGGCUCCCGCAAUCUCCAGAUGGGUAUCGGAAUUCUUUUACAAGGGAUUGUUGAAGAAUCAGAAAAUCGAUGGACCAAACGGGGACGGUUCCGAAUACUGGAUGAUCAACGUCGCCAACGGGAUCUCGCGGGUGCAGGUCAACAGCACCUCGUUGCAAAAUUAUGCCAACGCCGAUAGGAUAGGCACUCUCGUGGAUCAAACUUUGGCCAUGGGGGUGCCCGCGUCUAAGAUAACGGUGCUGGUGUACUACACAGGGCAGCUCUCCCUGGUAAGCCACAAGAUCCAAGCGACGGCGGAGGCGAACGGAAGGAACUGGGACCUCAGCGCAGGAAAUCAAAUCUCCUCCGUCGAUUCCUUUCAAGGCGAGGAGAACGAGUUCGUUUUCGUCGAUCUCGUCGUCGCUCACCAACGGCCGGAGAAGACAUCAGACGCGGUCAAGGACGAGGAGAGCGAAGACGACGAUGGCUCCGAGGGGUUCAGACGCUCCGGGAGGGUUACCGCCCACGUCAAGAGCGGCAACCGACUUUGCUGUGCACUUACGCGCGGUAGAAGCUGCGUCGUUGUUGUCUGUCAAUUGGCCGCUCUUCUAAGUACGGUCAAGGCCAAACAGAAGAAGGGUCAAGCCGCCGUCAGCGCCAUGGCGAGAGACUUCGAGGAACGCAAAUUAGUAUACAACGACUAUACUAGUCUAGACACCAGCCCGAUUGGCCAAGCGCAGCGUGCUACCUGGACCGAGGCCAGACUUGCGGUUGAGUUGAAGAGGCAGAAGGCGGAGAGUCUUGACUUCCUCAACACUCAGUACAAAAAGGUCAAGAAGGCCCGGUACAACGAGGAGUUCCAAGACACAGCCCCCCAGGGUAUACCGCACCGCUUCUCGGAGGACCACUCGCCCAAACCUGUCUGGAGACGCCGCCGAAGCCGCGGUAAUCUUCAACGAGCAAGACUGGAGACAAUACAGUUAUCUAAACAGACUUCAAACUGGACCGACCACGACCUACAGGAUCCAAAGCAACGAUCCGCCCUUGUCACCGAGGCGGGCGCGGUCCCUGUCAAUGUGGCUGGUCAGACCCAGCGUACGGCGAAGGUUGGGAAGAAGGCGGCAAAGGACGCAGCUCGGAAGAAGGCUGCUGAGGAGGCUCAGGGUGGAAAGUCCAAAUGGAAGGGCAAGGGGAAGGAGAAGGAUGUGCCGGUGGAUGUCGGCAAAGGCAAAGGCAAAGGCAAAGGCAAAGGAUGUGCCGGUGGAAGUCGGGAAAGUGGAGCCUACGGCGAUAAACGAGAGUUAGUUCUUUAG